AUGACUUCUCUCUGCAAAAUCAUAGACACCACCACCACUUCUUUACUAAAACCCUCAAUUCUCCUCCACAAAACCCCCUUCAACUUCUCCCGCUCUCUCAAUUACACCCCUAACCUCAAACACCCCCUCAACAAAAACGAACUCACUCUCACUUCAAAACCUCCACCAAACCACCUCCGCCCAAUCACCGCCACCGCCAAUCACCCCGCCGCAACUUCCGAAAUCGACAUGGUAAGAAACAGACAGGGAAUCUACACAUCAAAACAGAACAAAGUCGUGGUUUUAUGGGACCUCGACAACAAACCCCCACGUGGGCCACCAUACCCAGCAGCAAUAGGAUUGAAAACAGUAGCACAAAAAUUCGGUGAAGUAAUCGACAUGUGUGCAUACGCUAACCGACACGCGUUUAUUCAUUUGCCGCACUGGGUGGUUGAAGAAAGGCGUGAGAGAAAACAGCUAAACAUUUUGGAGAGAAAAGGAAUGGUAAGUCCUUCACAGCCUUAUAUCUGCGGUGUUUGUGGGCGCAAAUGUAAGACUAAUUUGGAUUUGAAGAAGCAUUUUAAGCAAUUACAUGAGAGGGAAAGACAGAAGAAGUUGAAUAGAAUGCGGUCAUUGAAAGGGAAAAAACGGCAGCGAUUUAAGGAGAGGUUUGUAUCUGGGAAUUAUAAGUAUAACGAGGAAGCAAGGAGGUUGUUAACUCCGAAAGUUGGGUAUGGGUUAGCCGCGGAGUUGAAGAGAGCUGGGGUUUAUGUGAAGACAGUGGAGGAUAAGCCACAAGCUGCAGAUUGGGCAUUGAAGAGACAAAUUGAGCAUUCAAUGAGUAGAGGAGUGGAUUGGUUGGUUUUGGUUUCAGAUGAUUCCGAUUUUUCAGAGAUUUUAAGGAAGGCGAGGGAGGCGAAUUUGGGGACUGUUGUAGUGGGGGACAGAGAUGGAGCAUUGGGGGGACAUGCGGAUUUGUGGGUUCCAUGGAUUGGGGUUGAGAAUGGGGAGCUGACUGAGAAAGAUUUGGUGCCCAAAGGUAGGAGGAGGAGUGAGGAUUUGGAAACGGAUGAUGGGUUGUUUUCGGUUACGGAUUUUGAUGAGGAUGGUGAUUGUGGAGGGAGGGAUUUGGAGGAAUUUGUUGAUGAACUUGUAAUGGCAAGGUCUGGAUUUAAUGGCCUGAGGAUUUCAGCGUUUUCGGAAGGGGAAGAAGAGGAUGAGCAGGAUUAUUCGUUAUAUGAUAGUGAAUAUGACGAAAUUGAAUUUGAAGAUGAGGAUUUUUUAUAG